CCCGCCAAAAAACACCAGCACCUAAUCCCCACGAUUGACCUGUACACAUUGCCCGCGUGCUGUACCCUGCGCAGGAGAAGGAAAAAAGUCAGUGGGGUCUUCAGGAGACGAUUCGGUCUAAGGGUAGCUGUUCGACAUGGCGCCUAUCAACGACGCGGUGUUUCUGCGCCGCAACAACCAGAUCCAAGAUGCCAUUGACGGGCAGAAUCUGAAGCAGGCCCUGCAGCUGAUUGAGAAGCGAAUGAAGAAGGGCGAGGAUACACGAUUUCUGAAGGCAUGGAAAGCACAUAUCCUCUGGCGCCAUGCCGACGAAGCUCACCAUAAGCGCGGUAUUGACGAGACGCUUGAGCUAUGCAAAGCGGAGCCACCGACGACCGACAUUGAUACCUUGGAUAUCCUGUUCAAGACGUUGCAGAAGUUGGAUGGGCAGGAUGCGACAAGGAGCAAUCUUUGGGAAAGGGCAGCCAAGGCGAAACCCCAGGACCUGGAGAUCCAAGGCCGUUGGUUUACCUAUGCAUUCGAGAGCAAUGAUUGGAAGUCUGCACAGAAGGCUGCUAUGAGUCUUCAAAAGAACUUCCCGAAAGACCGCAAAUACUAUUUCUGGGCUAUCUUCCUCAGCCACAUGAUUGCGAUUGAUGAUGCUAGCUCAGAGACCGAUCGAAAGCUGUUCGGCACCUUGGCAUAUCGUAUGAUUUCGAAAGCUGCCGCUGAUGUCCCGGAAGGCUCUCAAUUGUUGAGCCCACCCCGAGCCAUUCAAACCUCUGAAGAGCUGCGCUUGCUCAUCAGAAUCUACGAGAAUCAAGGACGGAACUCCGAAGUCGUGAAAAUUCUGGACAGCGAGAAUCUUGGUCUCAAGUCUCGGAUUGUGCAGAAUGAUUCUGCGUUCCUCGGUUAUAAAGCGUUCAACUUGGGUGUGAGUAAGAUGUGGGCUGAAGGAAUCUCCUUCGUGAGGGACCUGUACACAGUUCCCGAUGAUAAAGAGAAACUUAAGGCUCUCCGCGAGCUUGAUGAUUGGAGUAUCUGGAACCUGUUGGUUCAGGCGACAGAGCACACCAACACUCCCGGGACUGCCGCCGAAACGAAGAAGUUUACAGAGGAAUUCGUCGCAGCUAGCCCUAAGUCUCGUAAUGCGGCUCUGGCUGGCCUUGACGCGAUCCUCUGCGGGAUCGAAAGCGGAGAUAUGACAAGGGAUGAUUUGCUCCCAGCCUGCCAGAAAUACAUCGACAAUCACAUUCACAAACUGUACGCCUUCAACGAUAUCCGAAGGAUUAUAGGCCCUGACAGGGAUGGCCUGGCCAAGAUGCUCAAUUACAUUUUGGUAACCCAUGCUGUCGAGGAGAAGGGGUCUGUUGCUAAGAUUAAUGCUCUCAAACUGGAUUACUGUUUGAAUAUUUCAGGAUCGGAGAACAAGCCUUCCCAGAAGAAGAUUGACGAUCUUGUUGCGCGCUGCCUGAAGAUAUACCAGACCGCAUAUGAGGAGGGCAAGGUGAAGAAGUCGAAAGAUGGCGCUCAGGGAGCGUCGUCUACCAUCGAAAGCCAGCCGAUCGAUGAUCUCUGUAUCCUCGCAGCCAUGUGUCUCCUCCAGCCUACCGAUGCGGGUGAUAAGGAGGCCCAGGUCCCGGCUACUGCCCUCAUUCGCGCCGCAGGCAUUCUGGAACGCCUUUGCCGUGACUCGCCCCAUAACUACGAAGCGCUCCUCCUUUUGGUCAGAGUUUACCUCCAGUUAGGUGCUGGAUCUCUCGCCUUGAGCACUUUCAGCAAGUUGUCCGUCAAGCAAAUCCAAUAUGAUUCAGUGGCUCACAUUCUCUUCACGCGCUUGUCAACCGUCCACCCUCAUUCUGCACCACCAGUCGAGGGUGCGGAGUACAAGGACUUCGAUCCUCUGUCUGCAUAUGUCCAGAGCCUCAACUUCUUCCGAAACUCAGAGGUUAACACCAUGCGGUUCCGAACUGCUGGUCUGGACGAGGGAGCCUAUGUGAAUACAGAAGAGAUUAUUGAGCUUCGGAGACGCUUGUUGAACAGUAUAAACCGCCGCAUGUUUGCUCUUGAUGCACGCCGUACUCAGAGACUCGCUGGAGGCGAUCCUAUGUCCCGUUAUGACGAGCUUGCCCGGGACAGCUCCCCAGUCGUUGAUUCGCGUACUUUUGGCGCUUUUAUGUGCUGUGAAUUCAUAAACAAGCCCAAAUUCGAGGAGCGAAUGCGCUUAGGACCACUUCCUAAGACCAACUGGCUGGCUUCAGCCCGAGUCACGGACCAGCUCUUCAGCGUGUUGAAGGGAAUUGCUUUACAAAGACCAUUGACUGCGGAGAUGGACCUGCCUUCCCUUGACACGCUGUCCCUUUCUGAGACUGAGAAUGAUCAGACUGACAGAGAGAAAGAGUCGGCCAAGAUCCAUGCGGACCUGCUGAAGGUGGCAACGUUCAUGGCUGGUUCCAAAUUGACCAGUUCCGAGCAAGUUGACGCUGCACUUGGUCGUGUUGAGGAAUUCUUGGAUAUUAAGAAGCAGGGCCUGAGUAUUCAUGAGGCAACGCUUUCUCCCCUCAUCGCGUCUACGGCAGUGUACCUCGGCGCCGACACUCCGGUCGGGCCUACUUGGGAAUAUCUUCACAGUACCUUUGUCCUUCUUGAGACAGUCAAGGCAUUGUCGCAGCUCGUCGGUUUGGCAACCAAAAAGGGAGGCAAGGCCGCCAAAUUGCCCAAAGAACGCGUGGAACGGCUUUCUACGCUCGUUUCUCAGAUCUACGAACUGGUCCGGUCGAACACACGAGCUUUGAAGCAGCGUGUUUCUGCAUCAGGUGUGCUUUCUUCAUUGGUCGACCUCGUUAUUCAAGGUGACCAGUCUGCAAAUUCCGAGAAGGAGCUUCAGGACAUUCUGGAAACUACAUUGGACCCGUCUAACGUCGAGUUGUUCUGUGGUUCAUUGAUGGAGAGUUGGGAGGAAGCUCUCGAUGGUGUGUUGGGAGUGAGGCUGUAACGAGUACCAUCAGGAUACUCGGCUGUGUAGGAGCGAUGUGAUACACCAGAAAAGUAGCCUUUGUCAAAAGGUUGAUGACCAUAGAAUUUAACGAAGCCAAGCUCGGUUCAUACCACGUGAUGAAAAUAGACUCUUUGGUGCCUCAGGCCGCAAGA